AUGGCCCCAGCCCGGACGUCUCGUGGGAAAGCUCCCAAAUCGAAUCAUGGAUCCGGCAGGAAUCUCAAGCGCAAGCGGGGCGAGGAUGAGCUGUCUUCGCUCAUUCAGCGCGUCGAAGACCUCGACUUGAAAGCCUCCCUCAAAACCUUCGCCGACUUGCCUCUCUCUGAGCCGACUGCUCGUGGCCUGUCUGCUUCCCAUUACAAGACGAUGACUGACAUUCAAUCGCGCGCCAUCAGUCACGCUCUCAAGGGACGUGAUAUCCUCGGCGCAGCCAAAACCGGUAGCGGCAAAACGCUGGCCUUCCUCGUCCCCGUUCUCGAAAAUCUGUACCGCAGGCAGUGGACCGAAUACGAUGGCUUGGGAGCACUGAUCUUGUCUCCGACCCGCGAAUUGGCGAUCCAAAUCUUUGAAGUGUUGCGCAAAGUGGGACGGUAUCAUGGCUUCUCUGCCGGCCUGGUGAUCGGUGGAAAGAGUCUGCGCGAGGAGCAGGAGCGAUUGGGCCGCAUGAACAUUCUUGUGUGCACACCCGGACGAAUUCUGCAGCAUUUGGACCAGACGGCUAUGUUCGAGACGAACAACUUACAGUUGCUGGUCAUGGACGAAGCAGAUCGCAUUCUCGAUAUGGGCUUCCAGAAAGAUGUCGAUGCCAUUAUCGACCACCUCCCUAAGGAACGCCAAACCAUGCUUUUUAGUGCUACGCAGACCAAAAAAGUUUCGGAUCUGGCUCGUCUCAGUCUCCAAGAGCCUGAGUACGUUGCCGUCCACGAAGCCGCCGCCGCGGCGACUCCCUCUACCCUCCAGCAGCACUACGUUGUUACAGCAUUGCCUCAAAAGCUCGACACUCUCUGGAGCUUUAUUCGCAGCAACCUCAAGUCCAAGACGGUCAUUUUCCUAUCUUCGGGCAAACAGGUCCGAUUUGUCUACGAAUCAUUUCGACAUCUUCAACCCGGUAUCCCGCUGAUGCAUCUGCACGGCCGACAGAAACAGGGAGGCCGCCUCGACAUCACUACAAAGUUUUCGCAGGCACAGCAUGCGGUUCUUUUCGCCACCGAUGUCGCGGCGCGUGGUCUCGACUUUCCUGCAGUAGACUGGGUCAUUCAGAUGGAUUGCCCCGAAGAUGCCGACACAUACAUACACCGAGUCGGGCGGACAGCCCGAUACGAACGAGUGGGCCGCGCCCAGAAGAAGGUUCCUAUCGAACGAAUCAACAUCAAAGCGAAUAAGCAACAGAGUAUCAAGAAUCAGUUGCAGAAUAUGUGCUUCAAGGAUCCGGAAUUGAAGUACCUCGGCCAGAAAGCGUUCAUCUCGUAUGUCAAAUCGGUUUACGUGCAGAAGGACAAGGAUAUCUUCAACUUGAAGGAACUCUCGCUGGAGGAUUUCGCUGGCAGUUUGGGCCUUCCUGGUGCACCACGUAUCAAGUUUAUUAAGGGCGAUGACACUAAAGAGCGCAAGAACGCCUCUUGGAAAAUGUCUCAUAUGUCCAGCGACGAAGACGACUCGGACGCGAAGGCCAAGGAGGAUAAGAAGGGUAAGAAGGAAGAGACCCAGGUCCGCACCCGCUACGACCGCAUGUUUGAGCGUCGUAACCAGGAUGUCCUUGCUGAGCACUACCACAAACUCAUCAAUGAUGACGGUACCAUUGUCGCCACCGGUGCUGGCAAGGGCACUGGCGAAGAUGCCGACGAAGAUGCCGAUUUCUUGUCAGUCAAGCGCCGCUUCGAGGCCGGCGAUGCUAGCCUCGACCAGGGCGGUACCGAUUCCGAGGACUCGACUGCUGAGAAGGGAACCAAGAAGGUACAGAUCGACGGUCAGGAGCCGCUGGUUAUCGAUUCCAAGCGCCGCGAGAAGCUUCUCAAGUCGAAGAAGAAGCUGCUCAAAUACAAGGGCAAGGGUACGAAGAUGGUAUUCGACGAGGAGGGCAAUGCCCACGAAUUGUACGAGAUGGAGGACGAGGACCAGUUCAAGGCUCGCGGCGAUGCCGACAAGCAGCGCGAGCAGUUCUUGGCUGGAGAGUCAGAGCGCACUCGCCGUGCCGACCUCGAGGACAAGGAGGUGGCCCGCGACAAGCGUCGCGAGAAGAAAGAGAAGCGCAAGGCCCGCGAGCGUGCUCUUGCCGACGAAGAGGCCGACGAGGAGCGUGGUGUGCAGGGAUUGCCAUUCGUAGAGCCCAUCCCCAUGUCCGAUCCCGAGUCCGAAUCCGAGCCAGAGCCCCAGACGCGGCGACCCAGCAAGAAGGCCCGAGUCUCCUUUGCCGAGCCAGACGACAGCGACAAAGAGGAUGCGCGCAAGAGCAAGAAGAGCAAGAAGGACAGGAAGGCCGAACCCCAGAUCGAGACUUUGGGCGAUCUGGAAGCUCUGGCGAGUGGCCUGCUGGGCUAA